AUGCCUGUCUCCCCUCCCAGGUCCCGCGGCAGCGCUGGCGGCCAUGGUUCCCGUAGCCAGAAGGAGCUGCCCACAGAGCCCCCCUACACAGCAUACGUCGGAAACCUCCCUUUUAACACGGUUCAGGGCGACAUAGAUGCGAUCUUUAAGGAUCUCAGCAUAAGGAGUGUACGGCUAGUCAGAGACAAAGACACAGACAAAUUUAAAGGAUUCUGCUAUGUAGAAUUCGAUGAGGUGGAUUCCCUUAAGGAAGCUUUGACAUACGAUGGUGCACUGUUGGGUGAUCGGUCACUUCGUGUGGACAUUGCAGAAGGCAGAAAACAAGAUAAAGGUGGCUUUGGAUUCAGAAAAGGUGGACCAGAUGACAGAGGAAUGGGUGGCUCUCGAGAAUCUAGAGGUGGAUGGGAUUCCCGGGAUGACUUCAAUUCCGGGUUCCGGGACGACUUCCUAGGAGGCAGGGGGGGCAGUCGCCCCGGGGACCGGCGAACGGGCCCCCCAAUGGGCAGUCGCUUCAGAGACGGCCCUCCCCUCCGCGGGUCCAACAUGGACUUCAGAGAACCGACAGAAGAGGAAAGAGCACAGAGACCACGACUCCAGCUUAAACCUCGAACAGUUGCAACACCCCUCAAUCAAGUAGCCAAUCCCAACUCUGCCAUCUUCGGGGGAGCCAGGCCCAGAGAGGAAGUUGUCCAGAAGGAGCAGGAAUGAGCCCGCGCCUGGGAGGAUUGGGGCGCAGGAGCCCAGGCAGCCCGGGCAGCCGUCCCGCGGCUCCGUCCCGCGGCUCCAUCCCGGGCCUGACAUUGUCCUCCUCUCUUCCAGCGGAAACACAGAGCUUGUGAAUGCAUGUCAGCUGUUAACAAGUGGUUUUUAGUACAUUCUUGGCUUUGCUGUAUCUAUCUGGUGCCUGUUUGUGCUUUUUUUUUUCUGCCACUGCUUCCCGCCUUCCUGUCCUUUUCCUCUUCUCCUCGUCUUCUGGCAGCACACAGGCUCCGCGGAGGGACGAGGCGGCCACCGUGGGGAGGUGUGUGGCCGAGUGCUGCCUCGCUGGUCUCCUUUGCUUUCUCUUUUCCUUUAGACUCGCUGGCCAGACUCCAGGCUCUCCCUUUGGUUUCUCAGUGCUUCUCUUCUGACCUGCAUGUUGAGUUCUGUAUUGCUGUGGCUUCCAUGAAAGCAAGCAGAAGUCACUGACACAUUGAAUCCCAUCUUGCUUUUGUUCAGCGCUGAUCAGCCUGUAGAACUGGAGGCACCUUGUUUUCCCAACAGGGAUAAAAGCGUCUCGGUCCUUGCAGAUUCGCUCCCGUGCCUGCUGCUCGGCCGUCCGUCGCCUCUCCCGGACGGACGGCCGUGCAGAGUGGCUCCCGCUCUGGCAGCGCGGCCCGGAGGAGGACGAGGAAGGGCUGGGGUGCUGGUGCAGUCCCUGGGAGAAAGGGGCGGCUCGCGUGUGGGCACGUGCUUUUUUUUACUGCUUCUCCGCGAUGGUGUCCAGACUCCGUCGCUCCUUUCACUGCGUGUGGGAGGUGGCUCUCUGGCUGGCUACAGCAAACUGCCCGCUGGGGCCUUUUCCGCUGGCCUCGGCGCUCUGGGGGCCGAGGGGUGGGCUGGCAGGCGCUGGGCUGACUGUGGUGCCCUCGGGGCUUUUCCCCAAACCCCUGCUGUCGUGUGUUUUGUGUUUAUCUGUUCCCUCGUGAUGACAUCAUGAGCUGCUGUGCCUCCCAGCACCCCUGAGAUUCACAGUGAAAAUGGGCCUAGAAUCAGGUACUUGACUCACUUAAUGAGUUGGAAAUGUUACUCUGCAGAGCUGUUGAGAGCCCUGAAGGCAUUGCAGGUGACUACAGGUGUCUGGGGGUGCUGCCUCACCGGGGCCGCAGUUCAUGCCAGGUACAUUGUCUGGCAGGUGCCAGGGAGUAGGGCUUAGGCUGUAGACCUCGAGGCCCUGUGUGAGCAGGUGGCAGGCGCUGGAGCCCAGCCUGGCCUGUGGAGCAGCGUGGCGGCAGCCGGCAGCGAGAGCCCUCGGGAAGGGAGGCUUCGGACGACGGCAGGGCCCGGGGUGGCCUGGCUCGCGCAGCCUGCUUGGUAGUCGGUCGCUAGCCGCCGUCCUCAGCUUCUCCCCGCGUCUUGGCCACAAGGUCUCAGCAGCCUGCAGAACUCUCGCUCCUCUCCUUCCUGCCACCUGUCAGCUUCUCUGCUUCGGAGAUAAGAACCAUUUGUGUAACACCAAUACUUAACUUACGAGAGACAUGCAUCAUGUGGUUGUAAUCAAACCGAUGCUUUCAGAUGACCUACUUACAUCUUCAAUGUGGAUAAGAUAAAGAACAAAACAAAUUCAUCCAAACUUCUGGGCAAUCCAGUUGACUUUUAAAUGUAAGAAUGGAAUUCCAAACACUUAACACAUUCAGCUAUAUGACAGAAAGUAAAUCUAUGGAUAUGGUAUUUUGUGAAUGAUCUUUUAAAUAAAAGAAAACCUUACGUAAUAUUUAA